GCGCCCCAGGGCAGCUGUGGCUACAAUGUAGCUUGCCAUCACCAGUGUGUGAAUGACUGAAUGUAGUGUAAAGCGCUUUACAAAUGCAGGCCAUUUACCACCAUUUUACUUCUCCUCCUCCUUCGUUCCCUUUGUUUUUUAAGUACCUCAUAUAUGUUGGGAUUCUUUAGCUAGUUAGCAUCACAUUAGCAAACUGCUUCGGAGCACAGCUGCCGGAGUCGCGGGUUUUGUUGGACCUGCUGGAGGAAUGCUCUGCGAUGAUGGUGGAAAACAGCCGCCAUUCAGCCCAUGUGAGAGCUUCAAAGAACUGGCUGCAGUUUCUGUUCCUGUGCGAGGUUUGCAGUGGAGAGCUCAGACCACACAGGACCCCGUCCUCUCCAAACCCUGCUCAGCUCUCUGGUACCAGCACACCCACGCACAACUGGCCACCUUAAAAAAUUGUACAGUUUUGAGCUCAAUAACCUGCAGGGGGCAGUGUCCAGCUCUCUCACCUGUCUGCAGCUGCACAAGAGGGCGGAGCGAGUGGCAGCUCUGCUGAUGGAGAGAGGCGGUCUGCAGGAAGGAGAUCGUGUCGCUCUGGUGUACCCGCCAGGUAUAGACCUGAUUGCAGCCCUUUAUGGCUGCCUGUACGCCGGCUGCGUUCCCAUCACAGUGCGACCGCCUCACCCUCAGAACAUCUCCACCACCCUGCGCACUGUUAAGAUGAUUGUCGAGGUGAGUCACUCGGCGUGUGUGAUGACCACCGCCGUCAUCUGUAAGCUGCUGCGCUCCAAAGAGGCCAUGGCCACGAUGGACAUCAGGAACUGGCCCCCAGUCCUGGACAGCGGUACAGUGUUUCAUUCAUAUCCGCACAGGGAAAUCACGCUCGCAUUAAGUACUUUAAUUUAACAUAAAUGCAGGUCGUGCACAGCCGCCUCACAAUGCAGUCUGAGUAGUUCUGGUUGCAGAUAUAAACCUAAAGAAUGCACAUUAAAUGAAAUCCUCUGCUGUGAUGAAACCUGCCUUUACAGCUCCAUCACUCUGUGAUUUAUCGAAAAAUAAAAACUUGCUGUAGCUGCAAGUCUGUGGAGUUCCCCACCACUGUUUUAGAGACUCAAAGCACCAGGAAGUGGGAAUAUAAUAAGGAAUUUUAGGUCCCUGAUAAAAAUGAGCAGAUUUUAUCCAGUUUGGUAACUUUUACAUCACUAGAGAAGAAAAUAUAGCCACAUUAUUAUAAUUACUAUGGUUAUUUUUGUAUUUUUGGAAAAGAGGUUGCCCAGUUUUGAUACAUUUGAAGGUUUGCAGCAGAGACAGAAUCACAUUUUCUGCUUAUUUUAAUGACUUUAGAAACCAGAAGCCUGAUUGUUUGUUUUUUACAUUGAGACAAAGUUUACACAGAAGGACUAUAUCGGGUCUUUUUUAAAGUGACUUUCAGGGAUUUAGGAUCUCUGAAGAAAAACUAUCAAUUUUUAUUACUUAGAGAUUUUUCAACAUCUAACAAGGACAGACGAGGACAAAGUUAUAUUGUCCUGAUUUUUGCGUAACUUUAAGAAUUUGAAUAUGAAGAGAAGAAAAGAUCCAUGAACGUAAUGAUUCAAAGGGUUCAAAUAUCUUUGAAUUUAUGUGCUUCAAUAUAUUUUUCGGACUGAGGAAAACAGAAAAAAGGUUAAGUAUUCUGAAGAGCGUAAGAUUACGAAAAAACUACAGAUAUGAAAUAUCCAGAUUUUAGAGGCCCAGAGAGGUGAAGAGCAAAGCAGCAAACAGAGAAAGCUUUGUAAAGGAAACAGUUUUAGCUUCAUCCUUUUUUAAUCCUUUAAUCUUGACCUGCUGUCACCAACCUGCGCUCUGUGCAAGGCUGUCUGUGCGCAGAAACAACAUCACAUCAGAGGGUCUGCUGUUGUUGGCUCGGGCUGUGAAAUCCAGCUCGACUCUGACUCACAUCUAUAUCUGGGGAAACCACCUGGAGGAGCCCGUAUGCCAGGUACACCCCUCAGAUCUCUGUUUCAUCUUCUCCUCUAACAUCCCAUCACCCCUCUAACAGAUCCACACCAUAAAAGUGCACAUGAGUAUUAUACACAACAGCAUCAGCACCCUGCAGACACACAGGUUAGAUGUGACUAUAAUGGCUUCAUCAGAUUUGGACUCUCAGAGAAUAAAAACCGUUCAGAAGUCUCCUGAGAAUUAUCAAGAUUUUAGGAUUUCUACACAGUUGAACAAAUUCCUUGAUAUUCAUCAGUGUGUUUAAUGGUUCACAGCAUUUAGAAACUGUUCAUAUUUAAUUCUGUAUAGUUUAUGUUGCUUUUAAAUUAAUCCCUAAAUUUUUUUUUCUGAUUUUCAAUGUUUUUUUGACAUCAGGGUUUUUAACUGUAAGUAAAAUGCAAAUGAGAUUUUAUUUUUAAAUUUGAUUGGGACCUCUAACAGCCAUUCAUUUAAUGAAUGGACCAGUGUCUACUUUUAAUAGUGUUUUGUUGUUUUUUUUCUUUUUCUCUACUGCUCUGCCACACUGAGAGGAACCAGUUCUGUGGUUCAAGCAUCUGACAAAGCUUCUGCUGGGAGGAGUGUUUUGGGCAUGUCCUACCAGUAGGAGGCCCAGAACAGACUCAGGACACGCUGGAGGGAUUACAUCUAUUGGCUAGCAUGAGAACGCCUUCAAGUUCCCCCGGGUGAGCUGGCAGAUUGGGCCCAGACUGCUGACCCGUGACCAAUAACCAAGCCAUCACAAAUUUAUUUUUAAGUGACUUGAUUAUUAGUUUCAACCUGCCCCUGUCUAUUCUGGAAAACAAGAGCAAAUACAGCCCAGUAUGUUGCAGAACGACCACUUCAGCUGGUGGUGAGAGAUGGGCUGUGAGAGACCAAAGUGACAUGUCCUUCUCUUUCAAAGUUAUCUAAGCUCAGCUCUCUACUGCACACAAGCACAACAUUCAAAGAUGUAGUUGAAGCUGAAUUUGGGUGAACAGAAAGCGAUCCCUGCCGCUAUAAUCACAAGAUGGAAUUCAACACUGAGACAAGUAAAGGCUGUUCUUCAAUGUGAACAUCUAAAACUCACUGCUCUUCUUGAAAUGGCUGCGCACAAGGAGUUAUUAUUCACUGCAUGAACCUGUUGAAGGAGAUGGUGGACAACUUGAAGCUUUAUGGAGAAGCAACAGAUUUGACACAAGGUGAGGAAAUAGUCAGGAUCAGUCCUGCUGUUCCAUCCGUGCUGGGGGUUAGGUGACAAACCUAGCUACAGCUAAGUCACUACCUGGAUAUUGCUGAUGGACAGAACGCCCUGUUGUUCUGGGCAAUGAACAUGCAGACUCUUCCUUCACUGUUUCAUGUGGCCACCAGGCAGUACCUGCAUGUAGUGCUGCAGUGGAGCGUGUUUUCAGCUAUGGUGGCAACAUUCAACGGCCUCAUCGUGCACAAAUGACCGACAGACUUUUGGCCAGUUUGGUCUUUUGCAAAUGCAAUGCAGAAUAGUUCGUUGUCUCACACACACACACACACACACACACACACACACACACACACACACACACACACACACAAUUUUUCUCUGUCACUCACACAUGGACACAUACAAACAUGUUGACACAUAAACUAGAUGAGAGAGGACAUGCUAAUCACACUGCACUACAUUCACUGCGAUGUUUCUUUGUUUUGUAAUGUGGAAAUCUCAGUACUUUUUGUCGCUUUUGCAUUUUUCAUUGAAUGUUUAUUCUGUGAAUUAAUAGUUUAAAAGAAGACUAUUUUUGCAGCUAAGUUUAACUGAGCUGUACAUUAUAGAGGUGCGAUUUCAGAAUUACUUUGUGUAUAUUCUGUAAGUUUGCUGGUUUCAGCAUGUGUUGAGAUAAACGCAGAAAGAACACAUGGUCCAUUAUAUACAAUUAACAUAUAAUUGCAACAUUGUUUUCUACGUUACAAUAUGAAGUGGCAUGAGACAGGAUUUGUUGACCGGUGCUGUAUGAAUAAAAAUGAACAGAUCUAAAGAAGGUGGUCCUGAAAUUUGGGUUUAUCAGAACAGGACAGAUGGAUGACCACAGCCCUCUCAGCACAGGGCUGACAGGAUGUUUCCCCACAUAAUAAAUAAAAACACAAAAUAGAUUAAGACACAUUACUAAACCAAACUUAAAGAUAAAAGUGCAAUUACUGGAUUUGUUUGAUCAGCUCUUGCUUUUCAAAGACAGUGAGGAGCAAAGUACAAUUAAAAGUGCUUUUUCUCAUGAAGACGUUUAAGCAGCAGUGUAGUAAAUAAGGAUCUGUGUCCACCAAUCCUCAGCAGUGACAACACUUAAACGCUAUAGUUCAAGAUCCUCAGUGCACACCUUUUCUCCACUGUGCUAAAAAUGCUCUUAGCUGAUAAAGUAGAGGAGAAAAGUUUGACAUAUUUCACAAUCAUUAAAUUUUAGAGAAGCCUCUGAAAACGAGGUCACGCUUACUUCCAAGCUAAAACCUCUGCUUGUGCUCACAGACCCUAAAUCGCAACAAAUAAGAUAAUAACAACACAAGUGACUACAAAGUGAUAGCAGAGGCUGGAGAAGAGCAAGCACAAAGUGAGACAAUGUGUGCACACUUUCUAGUGGUACCACUCUUCAUAUACCAGUUUGGUAAUGUCCUAAAUGCAGCACGUUAGUCCAUCAAAUUCCAUCUGAGCUUUGAAGAAAACACACUCUGCUCUUCCUGGAUUUUCAGAGUUGUUCGGCUCAUACAGGAAGUUCGCAGUCACAGUUAACAUGUCGAUGUUUGGCUCCUCCAUCUCAGCCAGUGAGCCCGGUCACAAUUUAUUCUGAGGAAACAAAGAGGAACAAAAAGACAUUUUAAGAAGUUUGCUUUGUGUUGCUGUUGUUUACAUUUAAGCUGAAAUAAAAGGAAUAAAAAUACAAAGUUUAAUACUGAGAA